AAUACGUGGCGGUCAGCGAGCUCUGCGUUUUUCCACUCCUUGGACUUUUCCCAAUCAAAAAAACGAAAAAAAAAAAAAAAAGAAAACUGACCCUUCCUUCCUUAGCGUUCGUUACGUUAACUUUCCAAUCACGAAGAAGAAGAAGCAGCAUGGAGCUGUGGAACAAAGCUCGAAGCUUCGCGGAAGAGGCAGCAAAACGAUCUCAUGACCUGUCGUUUGGAGCUUCCAAGCUUUCCAAAGAAUUCGCCGCUCAAGCUUCCGUCACCGGCAUCACCGUCACCACCUUCCGAGAUUUCCCUCUUCAAGAUGAUACUGAAUUGUCUGAUGUCCCUGCUGUUUCUAAUGUUAGGCAGGACCUAACCGAUUGGCAGGAGAAACAUGCCAAACUUGUUCUUUCUGCAGUCAAGGAAAUUUCAAGAUUGAGGUAUGAGCUGUGUCCACGUGUUAUGAAAGAGAGGAAGUUUUGGAGAAUAUACUUUAUACUUGUGAAUAAUCAUAUUGCACCCUAUGAGAAAAAGUACAUGGAAGAUGCUAAACUAAAAUCAUCUGAACAAGUAAAAGAUCAGACAGUGAUGGAACCAUUAGAAGUUGAAUUGACCUCUAAUCAAGAGGUGCAGGAAGUGAAAAAGGAGACUAAAACUAAAACUUCAACAACUGAGCAAGACUUGGAUGUAUUUCUUCUGGGAGAUGCAGGAGACAGUGACAAUGAUCAAGAUAAUGGCAAUGGGGGCUUGGAUGAUGAUUUAGACAACCUGGUGGAAAGUUCCGAUGAUGAGAAAUGAAAAUCAUAGAUGUUGCGUGAACUUGUAGGGUGACAUAUAAGUAAGUGGUUGCAACAUGGCCGAGGGAAUAUUCAUGAUCAAAUGUUGCUUGCUUUAUUAUUUGACAAGACACAAUUGCUGGCUGAGCUGUUCCACUUUUGCUUAAAUUUAUUAAUUUAUGCAUCCACCCUUUCAUUUCGUGUUUCUAAUUUCCCCCACGUUGAGGAAUGAAUGUCGACUUUGUUAUUGUAAAGAAUGUUAGUAUUUUAUUAGGCGACUAAGUUAGUUAAGUUUUUUAAUUACGUCUCUUAUAUAUAUAUAGUGUAUAUAAAGGAAUAUUAAAUGUACACGAGAAUUCUUCUAUUAUAUAUGUUUCUUCAUCCUAUUA